UUGGGAGAGAUAAGGCCACAUUUCUUGUCACUUGUUUGCAAACUUAACAGAAGUCUCUGAAAAAUCCCAGAAAAACAUCAACAAUGACAAGUUUAUCAUCAGUUGUUUCAUUAUCUUCUUCAUUUGUUAAUACAAGAUCUCUGAAGAAUGUUGCUCUUCAACCAAUUCAUCAUCAAAAUGGUGGAAUUCGAAAACCCAAUUCAUUUAGAAUCAGAGCUGCUAAACCUCCUGCUGGUGUGGUGUUGCCAAAAGUAACCCCAAAAUUCAAUCCACCAUUUCAAGGAUUUACAAAGACUGCUGAAGUAUGGAAUUCUAGAGCUUGUAUGAUUGGUCUUAUUGGGACAUUCAUUGUAGAACUUAUUCUAAACAAAGGUAUACUUGAGAUGAUUGGAGUGGAGAUUGGAAAAGGACUUGAUCUUCCUCUUUGAUCUAAUCAAGAGAGAUUAGAUUCCGUUGAAUUGAAUAUUCUACUGAUAACUACUACUUCAUUCUAGACUUUCUCUUUCAGUUUGUUUAUAAUGAUAAUACUAUAUGGUGUCAACCAUGAUUACAAAAGCCUGUUGUUAUAAGCUUUCAUUUCGGGUUUAUGAAUUACAGCGCUUAGUCAAAA